AACAAAUUUCACAAGAAAAAUUUCAUUUCAAUUACUAUCAUGCCUGUUCAUGAUGUUUCUCAAUUUGAUCAAUAUAUAAUUUUAACUUUGUUGAAUAAUACCGUCUGUCAAAGAUAUUUAGAUGAUUUCAGUAAAAUUUACUUCUAAUUUUGUUUUUCUUGUUUCCUUAAUAUGUCAGGAAGGUGAAAUUUAAUUUAACAAGUUUCACUCUUGAAUUUGCAGCUGAAAAACGGCAACAUGAGCAUCCUUUCCUUCGUCGGGUCUUUUGUUCUUUCCGGUCUAGGGUCCGUGUUGUGUGUUUGAAGACUUUUUUGGUCUCGACAAAAUCCAAAUAAAUCGCCCAAAAUGAGGAUUUUCAAGGAUCUUUUUACAGGUGAUGAGAUGUUCUCAGAUACCUACAAAAUGAAACUCAUUGAUGAUGUAAUCUACGAAGUUUACGGCAAGCUCGUAACAAGGAAGGUGGGCGAUGUUCAGUUGGAUGGAGCCAACCCGUCAGCCGAGGAAGCCGACGAGGGCUGCCAGGAGGGUCUGGAGUCUGGCGUGGAUGUUGUGCUCAACCACAGGCUGUGCGAGACCUACGCUUUUGGCGACAAGAAGUCCUACACCCUCUACCUCAAGGACUACAUGAAGAAAGUCGUAGAACACAUUGAAAAGAACAACCCAGAUGACGUUAACUUAUUCAAGACAAACAUGACCAAAGUGAUGAAAGACCUGUUGGGAAGGUUUAAGGAUCUUCAAUUUUUCACCGGUGAGUCGAUGGACGUCGACGGUAUGAUUGCUCUCCUCGAAUACAGAGACAUUGACGGCGACAGUGUUCCCGUCCUCAUGUUCUUCAAACACGGCCUUGAAGAAGAGAAAUGUUAACCUUGGCCCAACACACGUCUUCGAAAUUUCUAAAAUUAUUUGUAAGCUCUAACUAUGUGAUAUUUAUUAUUUUCUGCAGAUCGAAUUCGACAUCCAGCUGUACUGUACUAUAUCAAUACCGGUAUUGAGGUUCUCGUUGAUCUGAAUUCCAAGCAAAAUUUGACUGCUUCAAAAUGCUAUGCAGCAAGGACGUUAUUGAAUUAUUUUUAUUUAGCAUGUUUUUCAAAUAAAAAUUGUAUCUUUUGUAAUGAAGGUGAGUUGAAGACAACAUUAUUUGUUUACAACCAGGCAGGCUAUUGCUUCUAAUCAAUAACGUUUGUCAAUCAAUAACGUUUUUGAAAUAUCAAGUAGCUUUUGUAAUCGCAUAUUAUAUGAUAAUUAUAUUUUGAGUCUUUCGAAGAUAAAAUCAUAUCAGGGUCGUCGAAUGUAUAAUUAACUAUGCACUUGCAUCAUAUUAAUUCAUUAAUUGUAUUGUUUUUUAUAAAAUUAUGUUGUAAAAAUAUAUGCAAUGCAUACCUACCUGUAUGUUAUUUUAUUUAGGUUAUGUCUUAUUACUUUUAAUAGGCCUAAGUAUUUCUUUCUAGCAAAUUAGCUUGUUUAGGAAUUAUUUUACUUUUAUCCAUUGACUAAAUGCAGUUUUUUUAUUUCAAUUUAGUCUUGACUUCAUAACUAAACAAGCACAAAAAAUAAACUGUUUUUCCCAAUAAUAUAAAGUUUUCAUACCGUACUCUGUUUUUUACAGUUUUGUUUACUUUGUUACAAUCAUUCUUAUUAUAUUCUGAUUUAUCAUUUUUCCAAUAAAAAUAUAUUCUCAUUGUAAUCCAUGAAAGAUGGUGGAAAGAUGUAAAAAAUAAACUUGAUAAAACUGAACUUUCA